AUGACUCCAUUCAGGAGUCCUGCCAUCAGCACGAUAACAGGAUCGCCUGAAGCCCAGGGGAAGGCAGAGCUGCUGUCGGCAGUGAUUAGCAGCAUCAACAAGUGGCAGGGCUACACAGUUGGGGCCUCAAGGGUGGUGUCCCAUGUAGCUGGCAGUCUGUCCAAGCACCGCAGGAUCAUCCACGAAAUUGUGAGCGGAUGCAGCACGAUGGAUCUGAACUACGUGUUGCUGAAUGUGAACACUGCGGCGCUCGUGGAGGUGUCGGGGCGGCACACUAUGGAGAUGCUGACCUCCCCACAGCAGCGCCUGCCUGAACUACGCAUUGUCACAAGGGCGGCUCUGCUGGACGCGCUGCAGAAGGUGGGCAUGAGGCAUCGGCCCAGCCGGCAGCGCUGGGCCACAGAGAUACUGAAAGCCACCAAGGGGACGGACCUUACCAGGCUAAAAGCUUUUGUGGAUGAUGGUGGGGAUUACCACACCAUCUACAAGCUCUGCUACACCGAUCUCCAGGACGCAGCACAGCAGGAUGCCUUGAGCCACAUAGCAGCUGAGGGGAGGAGAGCUUAUGAGGAGUUUGCUGCGCGGCUACCCAAUGGCCCACCCGGCAUCUGCCUGAAGGUGGUUGUGUCGGACAUUGAUGACACCUUGAUGAGCAGUGGCGGGUCAUACCCUGCCGGAAGGGACAUGCGGUAUCCGCACAACUGCGUGUACCCGGGAGUGCUGGCUUUCUACAACGAGCUGGAUGCUGGGCAUGUCCUCAGAGUGGAGGAGUGCUGGAAGGCAGCGGCUGCAGCGGCGUCGGUGCCGCAGUCGCCGAUCACAAGUCCUCGCCAGCAGCUCACUAGGCUGCCUGUGCCCGCGGAGGCGGCGGAGGCGCCGGGGCAGGGUAAGUGGGAUCGGGGCAGCGGCGCCUUGGAGGGGCGGGGCAGCAGCACCGGCGAGCACGCCCUCUCCCCGGGCUUUGCUGAUUCCGGCCGAGCGGCCGCCGCGCGCUCGGGACCGGUGUCCAUCCCUGGAGCCGACAACCGCAGCGGCAGAGGGAAUGACAUUGUCGGGUCACCCGGGACAGCGUCCAGCGCUGAUGGCAUACAGACGACGCCGUUCAGCGCGCCGGCAGAGCAGGGGCCGCCCAGCAGCGGCAAGCCGCCCAUCGUGGGGCGUCACCUGCCCACGGUGCGCAUCGCGGAUUACGGCAGUUUGGGCUCCUCGGACGCCCUCCCCAGGCCGCCGGCCCUGCCCCCGUCCCACUCCUUUGCCGAGAGCAGCAGCGCCGCACAGCCGCCGGAGCUUGUGUCCGUCCAGGAAGCUGGCGCCGAUCAACAAGCUGACGGGGGCACGCAACAAUGCGCUCACGUGGCCAGCGGCAACAUGGACGUCAGCACGAUAGAGGACGCUCUCCUGGGGCCGAGCGAUAUCCCGGCAGGCGGCGCCGGGCACAUGGCGAGUGGCACAGCCGGGGUCUUUGAGGGGGGAGGAGGCUUGCGAUCGCUGGUGGGAGGGGCAGCCGUCAUCCCAUCGCUGGUCAAUGGGGGCGCCAACAUUGCCAGAGAUGCUCCGGAGGCUAGGGCGCUGCCUCCGCGACCGACGGUGAACACGAGGGGCGGCGGGAGCUUGUCGAGUCGGCUGGCCGGGGACAGCCCGCGCUGCGGCAACAUCAGCGAGGGGCUGCCGCUGAGCGCGCCGUCUGAGAGCCUGGCAUCGGCGUACGAGAGCGAGGUGGGAGGAAACAAUGGGCGCGGAAGGCAGCCGGGCGGCGAGGAGGAGUGGCCCCCGAUGAUGACUCGCUCCGGACGACGGCGGCUGCGUCAUGCCAUGCUGGCGCGGUGGGGAAGGGCUGAGCACUGCAAGGAGGCGGUGGCAGGACAGGCCACGCCAAAAGAAGCUCUGUCUUUGAGGAAGAUCUUCAGGCCGCUAGUGCAGAGGGGAGAGAUGAACGGGUACCCAGUCCUCCUGCUGGGGUCCCUUCGAGCAGGGCCAAAGGCGCUCUGGGACUAUGCUCGAGGCACCCGGCCGCCCCAGGACAACCCAAAGACUCUGAACACUCAGCUCUACGUCCAGUUGUACCAGAAGAAGCUUGCGCGCUUUCAGCAGUUUGCAGUCCUCUACCCAGAAUGCUACUGGGUCUUUGUCGGCGACAAUGGGCAGGGGGAUGUGCUGCUGGCAGAGAAGCUGACUCAGCUGCUGACACGGCCGGAUGGGCGGUGCGCGCUGGUGGCAACCUUCAUCCACCGCGUGGUGCCCGCGCUGGAGACCAUCAGCAGCCUCCGCUCGCGCCGCUCCAACAAGGCCGCCUGGCUCGCCGCCUGGCGCGACCAGAACAUAUUCUUCAACCGCAGCCAUGUCGGCAUGGCCGUGCAGGCGCACACACUGGGCCUGAUGGAUGCGGAGGGGCUGCAGCAUGUGGUGCUGGAGGCGGCACAGGAUCUGCGGCGGGCACGCGCUCGGUACGCCUUCGACGUCGUUGACUGGGCCAAGUGCGUGCGCCAGCUCAACAAGGACAUCCGCGCUGCCAACGAGUUCCUGCACGACAACCUGCAGGCGCGCUUUGACUUGUUGCGGCUGCCGGAGGGCGGCACGUCCGGGGUGCAGAGCAAGGGCAGCGGCUACGACAGCGAUGUCAGCGUGCUGGGCGGCCACCCGGCGCCCCCCGCCUACCACGGCUAUGACAGCGAGGCGUCCACCGUGCGGGGGAUGAGCCCCCCGCCCCGCGGUGGCAGCCCCCGCGGCGCCCCCCGCUACGGCCUCGCCAACUAUGACAGCGAUGUCAGCACCCGCAGCUACGCCUGGCAGACCUGA